AUGCCCCUUGGAAGGUCUCUAGCCCUUUUGGCCGCACUUGCGACCCAAGCUCAAGCUUAUGAUGAUCUUCUCUUCACCGAGGACUUUUUCCCGCUCAUCAACGCCCGACUAGACCCCAUUAUCUUUCCCGGCCAAGUAUCUGCACAUGUUCAUCACGUCAUCGGAUCUUCCGCAUUCAUUGCUUCCGAGUUUUUCGAAGACAGCCAAACUGCUAAUUGUACGACUGCCAACUUGAUUGAUGAUUUGUCCAACUACUGGUCUCCUAUGCUUUACUACAAAUGGAAGAACGGGUCUUACUCUGCCAUCACUGGCGACGGUGGCAGCGCCUAG